AUGGAUAUUUCGAAAUUCGAAUCAUUACCAACUGAAUUAUGGUUACAUAUCCUCAGUUAUUUAUCAUCUUUCGAUUUAUUUAAAGCCUUUUUUCGUAUUAAUAAUAAACGUAUUCAACAAAUGAUUGAUUCUCAAUCGUUUUUACUCAAUACAAAAUUAAUAUCAUAUUCGGAAAUGAAUCAAAUAUUCGUUAUGCAUAGUUAUCUUCUUGAAUUACGUACAAUCAUUCUCAGCAAUUCAUGUUCUUCUUCGGCUUUCUAUAACUAUUGGACAAAAAACCUCCCACCAAUGUCUAUAACACCAAAAGUUAAACAAUUGAUUCUACUAAAUGCAAGCUAUUACAUAUAUGGUCUUGUUGAUUCUCUACUUAUACCUCUGUCAGUUGGUAACUCAUUAGAAUAUCUUCAUCUAAUAUUUCAAUGUCCCGAUCGUACAUAUAUGAUGUUUAUCACUUUUUUGAUUCAAGCACAAAUAUCUUUUCACACGAUGAUAUUCGAAAUAGAAAAAGAUUGGUAUUGUGAUAGGGAAGUAGUAUAUUCGAGUUUAUCCGAACUAAAAAAUUUACAUUGGUCAUCUACUGUUCAAUUGACUUUAACUAUUCAAUUUCCAUUUGAAAUGAUUUUUAUUCUUGAAACGAAUGCGAUACCAUUUCUCGAACAUUUGUAUAUAACCGUUGAACAAGAACAAUUACGAAUAAAACCUUAUCUAGAUGCGCCACCACCACAAAUCCAAUUCUGUGAAAGUGAUAUUCGUCAAAUGACUGAUGGAACUCGACUUCAAACUCUUGUAUUACGUCAUUUAGCUCUUUAUAAUGUAAUAAUAUUAAUUCGUUCUUUCAACAUGCCUCUUUUGAAUAAAUUAACACUUGUUGAUAUAUUUGAUGAAACACUUAUGCAUUGUGAAGAAUUUGGUCAAAUUAUUAAUCAUAAACAUCUACCUUGUUUGAAAGAAUUCUACUUUCUUAUUUAUUUUCCUGGACAUUUAUAUGAAGCAUUUGAAAAGAUUUGUCAACAUAUAUGA